AUGGCCAACGUUGCCUUGGCAUCGUCUCUUGCCAGAUUGGGCAGACCAAAGGGCGCUGUUCAUUUUAUGGUCCAAUUGGCCGACUCUGCUGAGCUGCCUUCUGACCGUAAACUAUACUUGUACGCCUUGUACAGAUGUCUAGAAGAGAAUGGCGGGAGACUGGCCGAGUUCGCUGCCCAGGUGGAGAACGGAAUUCUCCAAGAAGAAGCUAUUGAAUAUGUGCCCCGCUUGGAAGGAGUCUUCUUUAGCCCGCCACCUUACCUAUCGAUGUACGAACAGGUGUUGAAGUAUGAGGAGGCUGGCGGGUUUACUCCGCUUGACUGCUUUUCAGCGGCGGUGAAAAGAGACUACGACAAUAGCAAAAGGGUAGCGGAUCUUGUGGCUUGCCCUAGUAAGAUCUUUCCAGCUAUUGACGAGUUUGGGCCUUGGUAUGUUCUGCAGAAUGCCAUCAUCAACCAGUUCAAGAGAAGCAGAUCUGCCAUGGAGAAGUUGAUUCUGCUUGCAGGGCCUGGGUUUCUGGGAGAGAAUCAGGAGUUGUCGGGGGUUGUUCAAAUUGCUUCUGCCAGGGCAGCGGCGGCGGUAAUUAAUUUCAUUACGGGCGAUUACCUGACGGCGUUUCUGUGGAUCCCUCGUUAUUUUGCAGCGGUCGACCUGGUUCGCCAUCAUUCGCUUCCUAGUGGAAUAAUUGGUGUUACUCCUAGAGAUGUAACUACCAUGGCUAUCAUCAUGGCAAACUGUAUUGAACGAGGUAUCCAAGCAAACCCUGGAACUCUUGAACGAAUCUAUACACGGCUUGUCCAUCCAGAUGCUGGCUUAGAUAUAGACGAAGCUUCAUUCUGGGCUUCUGAGAUAGAAAGUGGAGAAACGAGUUGUCUGACGUUAAUCCAAUUGGAAACCCUUUCUUUACUGAGUAAAGAGUAUGGCUACAAGAACCCUCUAUUGUCACAGAGAGCUUCCAUGAUGGAUUAUUCACUGUCCUUGAGAAAAUCACAAGUUUUUCUGUGCUGUGGCCAUCUUCGGAGACAAUUGGCUGCAAACAAUGGAGUCAGGGUACUGAUAGCUCUUGAAUCAGGCCAGGAAAUAACAGCCAAACGCUAUAGUCCCACUGAAUGCUUUGAGGCAGCCAGGCUGUAUAUCUUAGCAGCAGCGAACCAUCCACUUGACGAUCCACACUUGUAUCGGUUAUACGAUAGGAUUAUCUGGGUGCUUGGUUUGGCUGGAGGGAUUCACGCCAAAACUCUAUGGCUCUUUCUUCAUGCCCGGAACUGGGUCUACUAUGCUGGAAACUUUGUUCCCGCUUCAAACAGAGCAGGUAAACGGCCCAGUGGCUCACUUCUUGGAAGACGAGGAACUUUAUCCAGAAGGCCCAAGUCAGAAGGUUCAAUCACGUCUUCAGUAAGACCUCAAUCGAGAAGAAGCAACUCUAGUGAUGGUCUGUAUUCCUUGAGAAGAAUCAAGACUAUUGAUUACAGGGAGUAUAUUCCAAUUGCUCCAGACUUUCAACCUGUCAAGAAAUGCAAGGAAGAAGAAAGCGUUGGUCAGGGCUGCUCUGGAGCAAUACUCUCCCCAUGGCCACAUUACAAAAACCUGGAGCAAACACUUUAUAUGCUUCACCAGUUUGUUAAUGCCAUUUAUGAUAGUGUCAAUGAAAGUGAUGGGUUUAUCAGUUUUGACCAAUACGAGACUCCUUUCUUGAGUCCGUCUAUCUACGAAUAUUCACCAGAUGGCAAAACACCAUGUAUCUACAUGCUUGGAGAGUAUUUGCCGAACCAAACGAAAUUGGUUAGCACCGCAGACUUCCAUGUUUCUCCAGAGUUGCGUCCUCAGAUCAAGCUUCUGACUCCUACAAUCGAGGAGCAGUACAAUUUAAGCAAACAGUUGGUUCAGUUGUGGGCAGGUGAGCAUCUAAGUCAGCAUGAGUUUGUCCCUGAAUGGUCCAAAGAUGUUUUGCAAUGGGCUGGAGCUGGACAUGUGGUGAACCAAGUGUAG